AUGGAAUCAGAAGAAUGGAACCUUUCCGGUGUCGUCUGCUCGUCGCCCAGUCCGGGAAACUCCAGCCUUAAUUCUACCAGCAGCAAGACAGAUAUGUCUCUAGACUACACAUACGACUCCUCAGAGUUCGAUACGUCGCUUGAAGACAGCGAGGAAGAGGGCGUGUCCUACGACAACAGACACCUGUACGCGAGGGCGUGUCGUCAGUUUGACGUCAUACCGUCACAUGCCUUCGUCAGACAGGUUGACGACAAGAUAGCGGAUGUCAGCUACAGCAUGCUGGAGACGCUUGACAUCAAGGCGCUGUGUGUCGCCCUUACGAAGAACUACACUAUCCAGACUCUCGAUCUGUCCCGUAAUGACCUUGGUUUUAAAGGAGCUGAUUACCUGACGCAGUGUCUCCAGGAGAACAGCUACAUCACCAGUCUGUACCUAGCCUCAACAAAACUUGGCACAGACGGCAUAGCGAUUCUGAUGAAAUUUCUCAAGACAAACAACACCAUUGAAGUACUAGACAUAUCAGACAACAACCUAACCGGAAGGCACGCUGAAGUGGUUGGAGAGGCCCUGGAGGUUAACGCCCGACUCCGCCACCUGUCACUCAGCUACUGUGGCAUCGACGAACAUGGCUGUGUCUCCAUCAGCAAGGCUCUUGCUCAGAACAUGCGUCUAAAAGUCUUGGACCUGAGCUGGAACCAUCUGAGGACAAGAGGUGCCGUACACAUAUGCCAGGCCAUCGGGGAAAACGACUGUUUGGAGGUGUUAGACUUGUCGUGGAACGGACUGGGCUUAGAUGGGUGCGAGGCGCUGAUGACGUCACUCAAGGCCAACCAGACACUGCGCGACCUUGACCUCUCUUGUAACAGAAUUGACCUCAAGUGUCUGAAACUGCUUAUGGAUGGAGCUGCCAGCAACGAGUCACUGCAAACGCUUAAGCUUGGCAAGAAUCCGGUGACAACGGAGGGUGCUAUAGCGGUCUUGAGAGCCAUUCACGCUACACCAUCCUGUCGCAUUACAAGUCUAGACAUCACCGGUGUCCCGGUGGACUGCGAGUUCAGUAAAGUACUGGAGGAGGUGCAGGCAAGUCGUGACAUCAGCGUUCGGCACUCCGAGAACUUCCACAAGUACCAGGUGGGCAAUAUUGAGAAGCUGCCAACUCUGCAGGACUAUGACCCUGUCGUGGUCCUGUUCGAAUACAUGCGUCAGGAAAACUUCCGGUUGAUAGACUUCUUCCGGUGCCUUGAUACAGACAACAGUAACACCAUCAGCAGAGAGGAACUGAAGCAUGUCUUCGUGACAUUGAGCAUCCCCUUGACAGAAGGAGGUUUGGAUGACUUGAUGGAGAGACUGGACACAGAUGACAACCAAGAAAUAGACAUAGAUGAGCUUCGGAAGAGCCAGAAGAAGAACAUGCGCCAGAUGCAAACUAUGGGCAAGUGGUCCCUGGCGGCCAAACAAGGGCAGAGUAAGGAAAAGUUCAGUCACAAGCUACAGCAACUGGUCCGGGAGGCAGUAGGGGGGCGGCAGCGGAAGGGCAAGGUCAUGUGGCGGAAGACAGCAGAGAAGAUUAAGACGUAGCGGAUGAAGGGAGGAAGCCUUGUGGGGGGAAAACAUACAAAGUACGGACUUUGAGGUACUGUCUGGGAUGUCAUGUGAGGUGCGACUGUGGGCAGAGGACGGCAGAACACAGCAGAGAAGACAUGUUGAUGAACAGCUAUGUGUGGCAAGAUUGCAGUAGAGGAUUGGAGUAAAUAACGCCGCUUGUAACAGUAUUACAGUUAUAUCGCGGCGUGUCAGCCUAAUGUGGGGGAACGCCCGAAGUAAUGCAGGUCUCAGACGUUUACCACUUCGGUGAAACCCACGAGCACGGGUAUGGU